AUGAGGGAAAAUCUGGACACAGAACUGGAGGUAAAAAAACCUAGAGAAAGUGACUUUAUAUUUCUGUUUGGCGAUGUUCUUUUACUUUUCAAAUUGGAGUCCUUCGGUUUGUUGAAUUUGAACGUUGCGAUUGGCUGUGAGCCUGUGAAGAGGUCAAAGAAAGGAAACGGCCAAUUGCGUAGCAAUGGAAAUGGGUGGGCUCCGGCCACAUUUGUUGUAUUUGAACCGAUUCGAAUUCGGAUUUGCCAAUUGUUGGAGUUACCCGAUCCGUUUCCUUCUCUGCCUAAAACCCCAAAUCCUCAGAAUCACCGAAAAACCCAAAUUACAGCAGUGUCAGUAGUAGGAGGAGCAGCCAUGAAGAAGCUCAUUUUUUCUCAAGGUCGCCGCGACCACCUCUUCAAGGCCUCCUCUCCUUUUCCAUCAUUCCAUAGGUGGCUUUCCUCUGAUUCAAAUCAAUCUGGGUCAAUCCAACCAGUCUCUUAUCAUGUAAAGCCUAAAGACCCAACACCUCCAAACGAAAAUGGAGCUCCUCAAGAACACCACGACCAACAACAAGAAUUUCGUACAAGACCUCGAGAAUUACCUAAUCAGGGACCCUGGACGGGUUUGACGCGGGAGGAAAUCCGAUACGUCAAGGAUGGGCCGUCAAUUUCUCCAGUUUCGUAUCCAGUACGGGUUGCGCCCUUACCGGAGGAUAGGGUUGCUGUUGAAGACGAAGGAAAAAUUGCAGCGGAGGGGGAUGAGAUGGAGAGAGAGAGUAGGAGGAUUGAGGUUGAGAACCGGUCGAAAUGGUUAUUUAGGAUUGUGGAAGAAGAGGAGCAAGUAGCAGCGCCUUUUCCUAAGUUGAUCAAGCCUGAGAAGAAGGAAAAGAAACCUCUUUUUGAUUUGAUGGACGCUCUGAGGCAAGUCAAGGCCAGUGCAAGGACUACCUUUGAUGAGACUGUUGAAGCGCAUGUAAGAUUAGGCAUUGCCAAAUCUCGUUCUGACCUGAUUGUUCGUGGUACCUUGACUCUACCUCAUGGUGGGAAGAAAGCUCUUAGGAUCGCUGUUUUUGCUGAAGGGACAGAUGCAGAUGAUGCCAGAGCUGCGGGAGCUGAUGUUGUUGGUGGUGUUGAACUUAUUGAUGAGAUUUCACGUGCUGGCAAGAUUGAUGUUGAUAAAUGUUUCGCGACCGUUCAAAUGUAUCCCCGUAUAGCGAAGCUAGCAAGGGUCCUUAAUCGUUAUGGACUGAUGCCAGAUUCUAAACAAGGAACUGUUGUCAGUGAUGUUUCGAAGGCUGUAAAAGAUGCAAAAAAGGAUCAAAUUAAAUUUAAAAUGGACAAAACAUCUAUUGUGCAUGUAGGACUUGGAAAGGUGAGUUUCACAGAGGAGUCUUUACGCGAGAAUGUUGGUGCAUUUAUGAAUGCACUUUUACAAGCAAAGCCUGCUGGCUUAAAGAAGACUUCAAAGUAUGCUGGGUAUGUGAACAGCUUCCAUAUAUGCAGCACGAUGGGACCAGGGUUCCCCGUUUCAAUACAGUCAUUAUCCAAAGCUGCAGAUAACUACAGCAAAGUAAACCUCAAGUCUUGACGAUGGUUCCAGCAAAAUUCUGGCUUCUCUGUCUCUCUGUAUCUUCCCUUUAAGCAGUAGCAAUAGUAUAAAGUAAAAACAGUUGGUCAGCAGCUAGUUUUAUUCUAGGAGUAUUAAUCCAUUUUUGCUCUCCUUAUAUUUGUUAUCCGAAGCAAAUGCUAGAGCCUGUUUGUCUUUUUUGAUUUUUGAACACCGAUGUUCUUUAUAAGUGCAAUGCCAAGACUAAUAACCACUGAUUUGCUUGAACAAUCAUGGAAAGUUCAACCAGUUUCCGUUUGUUUCA